UAUAGCGGGUUAGUUCCACGGGAGAGCUGGGACAUGUGGCAUCCAACCCUGGUGGCUGAGGCCCUGUUUGCAAUUGCAAACAUCUUUAGCUCCCUACGCUUGAUCUCAUUAUUCACUGCAAAUUCUCACCUGGGACCUCUGCAGAUAUCUCUAGGAAGAAUGUUGCUGGAUAUUUUGAAGUUUCUUUUCAUAUACUGCCUUGUGCUGCUAGCUUUUGCAAAUGGAUUGAACCAGCUCUACUUCUACUAUGAGACAAAUGAACAGGGCAACUGCAAAGGAAUACGAUGUGAAAAGCAGAAUAAUGCAUUUUCAACAUUAUUUGAAACGCUGCAGUCAUUAUUCUGGUCUAUAUUUGGACUCAUCAAUCUCUAUGUGACCAAUGUGAAAGCAAGGCAUGAAUUUACUGAAUUUGUUGGGGCCACCAUGUUUGGUACCUAUAAUGUAAUCUCUCUGGUUGUUCUUCUCAACAUGCUUAUAGCCAUGAUGAAUAAUUCUUACCAACUUAUUGCUGAUCAUGCAGACAUUGAAUGGAAGUUUGCUCGAACAAAACUCUGGAUGAGUUACUUUGAAGAAGGAGGAACUUUGCCCACUCCUUUUAAUGUCAUACCAAGCCCAAAGUCUCUGUGGUAUCUGAUCAAAUGGUUAUGGAGACACCUUUGCAAAAAGAAAAUAAGAAGAAAGCCUGAAAGUUUUGGAACAAUAGGG